GUCAUUUUAAAACAAAAUGAAGAAUGUCUCGAAUUUGCUCUCAUUGCUCAUGUAUUUUCUCGCGUAUGGUGUGUCCGGUGUUGAUACAGAGGGAGGGACAGUGUCUGUGAUGGAGGGAGAUUCAGUCACUUUAAAAUAUCUUAUAAACCAACAAGAAGACAUUAUGUGGUAUUUUAAUAACAUUUCCAUCGCAGAAAUCACUGGAGAUCCCAGUAAGAUCUGUACAGGUAUUCGGUGUGAUAAUCGUGCAGAGAGAUUUAGAGACAGACUGAAGCUGGAUCAUCAGACUGGAUCUCUGACCAUCACAAACAUCACAAUCACAGACUCUGGACUCUAUGAUGUAUGGAUCUCCAGCAAAAAUCGCGGCGGUGGAGGAUCCUACUCUGUUGUUGUUCAUGGUGUGUCUGCUGUUGAUAAAGAUGAAGUGUCAGUGAUGGAAGGAGAUUCAGUCGCUCUACACACUGGUGUUAAAACAAACCAACAAGAAAAAAUUAAAUGGUAUUUUAAUGACAUUCGAAUAGCUCAAAUCAGUGUAGACCAGAGUAAGAUCUGUACAGAUGUUCAGUGUAAAAAAGGUGAUGAGAGAUUCAGAGGCAGGUUGAAGCUGGACAAACAGACUGGAUCUCUGACCAUCAUGAACAUCACAACUCAACAUGCUGGACUUUAUAGACUACAGAUCAUCAACAGCAGAAUCGGCAUCAUGAAGAGAUUCAGUGUUACUGUCGCUAGGUCAUCUGGUGUUGGUACAGAUGAGGUGUCAGCAUCUGUGAUGGAGGGAGAUUCAAUCAUUCUAAAUACUAAUAAUCGUGCUGGAGACCUUUCCCCUAAUCAGACUGAAGCUCUGCUGAUGAAUGAGACGUCCUCUAAUCAGUCUGAGACUCAUGCUGCCAAUGAGACGUCAUAG